AUGAGCGAGUCCAAGAACGAGGGGUGCUGGCAACCUGUCCUGGAUCACGCUGCUUGUGACGCCUGCAUCAUCCUGUCAUUCAUGCAAGGAAGGUGGAAUGUAUUAAAUAAGGAGUGUAGUGUGAGCAUUUGGAAUAGGAGAGUUAUUGCGGGCGCCACCAUCAGCGGAGAGCCAGCCAUUCCUUCACGCCUCACCCACGCGCAGGCGGCCACAAGGGCCCGCAAGAAGAAUGGAUCAAGACAAUACACGCGCCGCAUUCACCUCCCCACCACGACAUAUAAUCGUUUUUCUAUCCUGACUGAACAGAUAGAUGAACCGGAAGAGACCAGGCUUGUGGGAGACUCGAUCGUCCGAGGACAGCUGGUGGAAUUUUGUGGAAGAGUCCCGUCUCGCAGGAGGAGGUACUGCCUUCCUGGAGCCUCCCUAGGGGACAUCACUGCUGCCAUCGAGGACACGACCAAGGACGCCACUACUAACACCCUUUAUGUUAUCCACGCAGGCACAAAUGACGUCCAGCGGUCCCGAUCAGAAGAACUGAUGGCGAAAUACAAGGAAAUGAUUCCCAAGUAUAAGACUAAAUCAAAUAAUAUUAUAAUUUCAGGCAUUCUCCCGAGGAUCAACGCAAACAUCAAAAAACGCGCGGGCGCGUUUUAUGACGACUCCUACACCAGCCUCGGAGUCCCCAUCUGA